UCUCAGGCGUACUACAAGCACUCUCUUACGUAGCCAUCCACAAGAAGAGAGCUGAUACAACACAGUUGAUCCGCUCUACCAAAAUCUACCUGUCUGCUUACUGAACCAUGUCGCUGAGCCCAAAGCAUACAACGCCUUUUUCAGUGACAGAUAUUUUGAGCCCAAUUGAGGAGACCUACAAGAAGUUUAGUGCCAUGGAUAGUACAGGGAACCUCGCCUCUCCGCUGGGAGCUUACCGACAACCUCAGGUGUCACAGACUGGCAUGCAGCAGCACUCCAUGGGCCACAAUGCCACUGUGGCAACGACCUACCACAUGCCACACAGUGUAUCCCAGUUUUCGCACGGUGCAAUGGGAGGCUAUUGCAAUGGGGGCAUUGGCAACAUGGGAGACCUUCCGUCUUACCAAGAAACUAUGCGAAAUAGCGCUGCAGCAACAGGGUGGUACGGUGCAAAUCCAGACCCAAGAUACUCAACAAUUUCUAGAUUCAUGGGACCUUCCACAGGUAUGAACAUGACCGGAAUGGGGACGCUGACGGGGAUGAACGACGGAUCCAAAUCUAUGCCAACUCUCCAUGCAGCACCCCGGCGUAAACGACGGGUGCUCUUUUCGCAGGCGCAGGUGUACGAACUGGAGAGGAGGUUUAAACAACAGAAAUACCUGUCAGCCCCGGAGAGGGAACACCUGGCCAGCAUGAUUCAUCUCACGCCGACCCAAGUUAAAAUAUGGUUCCAGAAUCACAGGUAUAAGAUGAAGCGACAGGCCAAGGACAAAGCCGCGCAGCAGCUCCAACAAGAGAACAACCUUUGCCAGCAGUCCCCGCGGCGGGUGGCUGUUCCGGUUCUCGUAAAGGAUGGUAAACCCUGUCAGAAUGGUUCCAACACACCGACGCCGAACCAGCAACAGCAGCAGCAGCAGCAGCAACAACAACAGAACAGCUCGGGAGUCGUGCUUGCGGCAUCUAGUAACGCCAUCAACCAGCACCAGAACCAACAGGUUAAUGCCUUAGUUCAAGCACAAGACCUGGAGGAAAUGUCACCAAGUCCUCCCUCUCUCCACAGCCAGAUAAACAGCAUGGCUCAAAUGGACACUUCCGCUGUAGAUUACACCAAUAACAUAGUCAAUUCAAAUUUGCUCUAUGGCAGAACAUGGUAGUAGUGAUCAUAACAUUUCCUAAAUAUAUCUACUGAAAACAUUAAGCUGGAAAAGGCCAAAAGCAGACGAAACAUAUCAGACUGAAGUAUCUGGUGACGACAGUGUCUACCCAUCGCGUGACAACGGACAUUUUUCACCUGUAUGGGGGCAUUUUUAAAAGUAAGACAAUUUUUGACCUUUACUUGACACUGGAGAGGCAAGGUGUUUCUGAACUUUUGAACCGAUUUUGGACUUCCCUUUAAUGCUAACGUAGAGUAUUGUUGAAUGAGAAUGCUGCUCCUUACUCAGUAACGUUACUUCUUGCGGGCUGAGGGCUGAGUAGGAGAUCAGGUAUGAAGUUUUGAUAAUGUAUCAUGCGGCGUGACCCUCGCGCCGAACGCCUAUUGAUGUAAUGGCUAUUGUAAACUAAUGUAUUCAAAUAGAAAUUAAAGUAGGAAUUGUAUAUUUGGCUAACACUGCUUUUACCUGUAAUAUAAUUGUUUUGAGUAAUUUUGUUUUAUUCUCCAUUUUGUAAGUUAUGAUAAACAAACCAACCAAUUCAAACGACCAACAAAUACCUGAUGGCUGCUGUAUAUGUUUCAAACCAAUUGAACGUUAACAAUAAAUCACUUGAAGUGCAAGGUA